AUGGCUGCAAUUUUUCUCUUUCUCCUACUUCUUCUUCAAGUUGCAGCUGCUCAACAAGGGAAUAUCAGCCUAGGUGCUACUCUAUAUCCCAAUAACAACUCACGUUGGUUAUCGAAUUCUGGUCAGUUUGGCUUCGGCUUCUACCGGCAAGGAAAUGAGCUUCACUUAGGCAUCUGGUUCGAGAGAACCAAUCCGAAAACAAUAAUCUGGACAGCAACUCGUGAUCCUCUUAAACAAGAGUCAAUUCCUAAUGAUGUUCACUUGGUUGUGAGUGUCCAAGGAGUUGAGCUGAUUGUAAGAGACAAGAAUGCCUACUCUAUACCAAUUGCAAAUUUUUCACAACCUGUUGCCAGGGCCUCCUUGCUUGAUUCUGGUAACUUUGUCCUCUACAAUUCUAAUUCAAACAUCAUUUGGCAAACUUUUGAUGCUCCAACAGAUACGAUUGUAUCCGGUCAGAGUCUUUUGGCUGGGAAGAAGCUCAUCUCCUCCAACUCCAACACAAAUCAGGCAAGUGGAAGGUUUCAAGUGAUCAUGCAGAGAGAUGGGAACCUUGUUCAGUACCCACUUGUGCCAUUUACAUCGCGUUCUGAUCAAUAUGCAUAUUGGGCCUCUGCCACAUUUGGAGCUGGAGACAAUGUGUCCCUCAAUCUUGAUCAGAAUGGGGAGCUCUAUCUUGUGAAUUCCACUGGUUUCAAGAUGAAAAGUUUCUAUGUUCUUAAAGAUCCUUCCAUGUAUCGUGGCUAUCGCCUGACAGUUGAUGCUGAUGGAAUACUCCGGUUGUACUCCUACAGUUUGGUUAAGAAUGAUCCCUGGUCAAUUGAGUGGUCACCAACUGAUAAUCAGUGUGCUCCUCUUGGCCUUUGUGGCUUAAAUUCAUAUUGUGUUCUUGUGAAUCAGGAACCUUCUUGUGUAUGUCUCCCUGGUUUCGUCUUCAUCGACGAGGGCCUAAAAUACUCAGGCUGCAAGAGAAACAUGAGUACAGUUGGUUGCAUAGGUGAGAAUGAAACUUCAUGUUCUAUUGUUGAGGUGGAUAACAUAGCAUGGGAAAACAGUCCAUACUCCGUUCUAUCAUUGAAUAAAACUGCUUGUAAGGAGAAUUGCUUGAUGGAUUGUAACUGUGAAGCUGCAAUAUUUAGGGACCAGCUCUGCAGGAAACAAAAGCUCCCUCUAAGAUUUGGAAGAACUAGCGCACCCGGUUUGGUGACAACCUUUGUCAAAAUGGGUAUUACUAAUGAGACUUCAGGUACAAAAAGGGUGAACAAGGGAAGAACAAAAGUUGAAACAGUCAUAUUUAUAUGCAGCAUUUCAACUUUAACAUUUUCACUUGUUAUUAUGGCACUUACUGGGGUUGUUAUACAUAGAUAUCGGGAUGACCGAAAGGUUUCAGAUUCAGCUGAUGAAGGGCUAAUUGAAGAUGUUACACUACGGUCAUAUAGAUAUAGUGAACUUCAGAAGGCAACCAAAGGCUUCACCAAUCAAGUGGGAAAGGGAGCUUUUGGGACAGUUUUUAAAGGAGUGAUUGGUGGGAGAGUAGUGGCAAUCAAGCAACUGGAGAAUGUGGUGGAUGAAGAGCGAGAGUUUCGGAAUGAGAUGAAUGCAAUUGGGAGAACUCAUCACAAGAACCUGGUCAAAUUGCUUGGCUACUGUCAUGAUGGAACAAGUAGGCUUCUGGUGUAUGAGUUCAUGACCAACGGCUCACUUGCAGAUUUCUUUUUCAAAUUUAAUGGUGGAAGGCCUACUUGGGAGGAAAGAAUCGGUAUAGCCCUCGAUGUAGCUCAAGGUAUACUCUAUCUACAUGAUGAGUGUGACACACAAAUUAUUCAUUGUGACAUCAAGCCAGAAAACAUACUCAUGAGUGAGCAGAAAUGUGCAAAGCUAGCCGAUUUCGGAUUAGCCAAGUUGUUGAAAGCUGAUCAUCAAUCCGGGACAAAUACUGGCCUGAGAGGAACCAGGGGUUAUGUUGCUCCUGAGUGGCACAGGAACUUGACAAUAACCGUGAAAGCGGACGUGUACAGCUUCAGGGUAGUAUUGUUGGAGAUCAUAUGCUGUCAAAGAGGUAUGAAUAUGGCCAUACCUGAUGAAGAUGUAACUCUUGAAAGUUGGAUGUACCAUUGCUUGGAGGCUAAUGAACUGGAUAAGCUAGUCAUGGAUGAUGAGACUGACCUCAGUAAACUACGGGAGAUGGUUAAGCUUGGUCUUUGCUGCAUCCAAGAGAAGCCAUCAUUGCGCCCUUCCAUGAAGAAAGUGGUACUAAUGCUGGAGGGGAUAUUAGACAUACCAUCCCCUCCUAAUCCUUUCAGUUACAGGGUUGAUGACUAA